AAUUUAGAUAAUUUUCGUUCAAUUUGUCCUGUGAUUCUGACAGAUGACGUUAGGUUUUUUUUAGGCUCGAAAUAAAAAUAUAUUGUACAUAAUAUUAUCGUAAUUUAUAAAGGGCGAUGUGCGACGAAAAGGGUGCCCAACGUCCCUGUUGUGAACGUUUGUUAAAUUACAAUCCGCCAUUAGUUUGCGACGCUUCUAAAGACGACGCUUCUGUCAGUGGUAUUGUUUCAAGACCAAAGAGUGGAGAUGAGACGCAACCCUGUGGAAAACAACGAAUUCGAGGACCCUGUUCUGAUUCCUACUACUCGACCACAACAAACCUAACGGACGAUGAGAUACAUUAUUUAUCCCCAAUAUCUCCCGUAAGUCCCCUUUCUGAUGACGAAGGCAUAUUUCCAAUUGAAUACAAAACCCCUACCAUCCUACGUCUUCUCCGGGAAUUACCUCCUGCAAGGACCAUAUCUUCGAGCGUGUCCUGCAUUGAGCCACUUCUACAAAGAACGUUAGCCAUCAUCAAACCAGAAGCUAUGCAGUACAAGGAGACAGUACUAAGGGCCAUAAGGGACGCAGGGUUCACCGUCAUAAGGGAACGAACGAUUCACCUCACACCGGAACAAGUUUCCGAAAUUUAUAAUAAAUAUUAUGGGACACCGGCGUUUCCGAAUAUGGUGAUCACCAUGAGUGUUGGUCCCAUUCUGGUGUUGUGUAUGGCUGCGGCGAAUGCCAUUACGAAAUGGAAAGACAUGGUAGGCCCUGAUAAAAUUCUUCGAUCUGAAUGGUUUGUUAGAACGAGUAUGAGAGCUAGGUUUGGUUUACAUGACGAUAUGAUUGAAGCACUUCAUGCCUCGGAAAAUAUUUUUGAAGCCGAAAGGGAGAACAGAUAUUUCAACCCAGAAUCAAUUUUGGAGCCUAUCAUAACAGAAGAAAAUCAAGUAGCAGAUUUUUGUAAUCUUUACGUAAAUCCAGUCCUGAUAAAUGGUCUGACGGAACUGUUAAAAAAGAAACCGGCAGAUCCGAUAAUAUGGCUUGGAAAUUGGCUACUGAAUAACGAUCCCUAUCAGCCCCGUUUUCCACCAGAGAUUGCAGUUUUACCUACCUGAUUUAUAUUCAAAUUACUGAAAAUUGUUGAUAAAGGGAAUUUAAUAUACCAGUGAAUUUAAUGUUUAUUAUUAUACUUUCGAUGUAAAUUCGACUAUACUCUCCAUUAUUGAAACAUCAUCAUCAUCAUCAUAA